CGCUUAAUAUAAUCAUUCCCAAGGCGAUGAUAACAUUGAAGACUUUCUAUCAAGCUACAAUAAUCUCAUGCCAAUUAGGUAUUCUUAUUCAAAAAUAAAGAAGAUGACAAGGGGGUUUAAGGAAAAAUUAGGCCAAGGAGGCUAUGGCUCUGUAUUUGAAGGAAAGCUUCGAAGUGGCCAUCCUGUAGCUAUAAAGAUGUUAGAUCAAUCAAAGGGAAAUGGCCAAGAAUUCAUCAAUGAAGUUGCCACCAUCGGAAGGAUUCAUCAUGUCAAUGUGGUGCAACUUGUGGGGUUCUGCUCGGAGGGUUCAAAAAGGGCUCUUGUUUAUGAUUUCAUGCCUAAUGGUUCCUUAGAGAAAUACAUCUUUUCUCCACAAGAAAACAGUACCCCUCUGAUCAGUUGGAAGCAAAUGUAUGACAUCGCCUUGGGAGUAGCUCGUGGCAUUGCAUAUCUACAUCAAGGAUGUGAUAUACAUAUUUUACAUUUUGAUAUCAAGCCCCACAAUAUUCUUCUUGAUGAAAACUUCAUUCCAAAGAUAUCUGACUUUGGGCUUGCAAAGUUCUAUUCUACGGAUGAAAGUAUUGUGAGCCUAACAGCAGCACGUGGAACAAUGGGAUAUAUAGCUCCAGAGUUGGUCUACAAAAACAUUGGAAAUGUCUCAUACAAGGCUGAUGUUUAUAGCUUUGGAAUGCUAUUGAUGGAAAUGGCGGGGAGAAGAAAGAACAUAAAUGCAUUUGAAGAGCAUUCAAGUCAAAUUUACUUCCCCUCUUGGGUUUAUGACCAGUUACAUGAAGGAAGAAACUUGGAAAUAAGAGAUGUCACAGAAGAGGAAAAGGAAAUUGCAAAGAAGUUUGUUGUAGUCGCAUUAUGGUGCAUACAGAUGAAUCCUAUGGAUCGUCCUUCCAUGAGCAAGGUUAUAGAGAUGCUGGAGAGCAACGUUGAACUUCUGCAAAUGCCACCAAAACCUUUUCUGUAUCCACCAGAUAUGCCGGUUAAUGCUCGUGUCACACAGAUGGAACCAAUACAAUCACUGUCUUGUGAUUCUUCUGAUUCAAUUACCAUAACUUUGGAAGUAAAUUGAACAUGAACUGAUUAUUAUGUUCUGCAAUAUGCAUCAAAUACUAAACUGGUGCAUAUAUUGCUCUACUUCUUUAUUAGGAACAAUUAAUAAGAUGAUCUCUGUAAGUAUUGUUGCUUAGCUUGUACAGGCUUUGAGCAUGAUGGUUUUA